UUUGAAUACUUCUCGACAAUAUAUAUAUAUUUGGCUUUGUCAAAAAGUUGCACAUCAGCAGACUAACCAAAUAGCUAUAUGGCCGGAAAUUGUGUAUUGGCGUCUGACACAUAGCCUACAGUUUGAAAGCAAUAGCACAAUAUCGUAUAAUUGGACGAAACGCAAUAUAUACAAAGUUUUUAAAUACAAAAUAUAGCAUAAGCAAUAACACGAAAUUAAACGUUGUAAGUUUGCUGUCCGCACGAUGUAGGUAGGUUGCAUUUUUUGGUUAUUGAUUAAACCGUAAACAUAUCCUACUACGAUUAAACAAUGCGCUGCACAGCCGUAAGCUAAAACAAGCCAAGCGUGCAAUUGACGGGCGAUAUGAGCCGAUAAUGUGUUUAGAUCGUGCGUUUUAAAGUGCAGUUACUGUAUUCUAUUCAUUAUCAUGAAUUGUCUUCUAAAAAGAACAGAAUCUGAAGGAUAUGAAUGGGUGACAACCCCUAUUCCAGAAGCCUGUAACGAUGAAGUCUUAAUAAAAGUUGACAAAGUGGCAAUUUGCGGAUCAGAUAUUAGUCUUUGGAAAUGGAAUGAAACAGCUAAAUUGAUAGCGUCUCUACCAUUUACACCAGGACAUGAAGCAACGGCUGUUGUGAAGGUUGGACCUAACGCAGCUCGACUAACUGUAGGCGAUCGAAUUGCCGUUGAAAAUCAUUUCUUCUGUGGAAAAUGUUUAUUGUGUUCGAAAAACAGAGGAGAUAUUUGUCAGAAUCUGGCACAGUAUGGGCACGGCAGAGGUACAAUUCACGGUGGGUGCUCUCAGUAUUCUAUAGUAAAUGAAAAGUAUUGUUACAAGCUUCAACAUAACAUAACAGAUAAUGAAGCUGUGCUUUUGGAACCGAUGGGAGUCGCCCACAAUGGAAUAGAGAGACUUGAUGUUUCGGGCGAAGAAGUGCUUGUUAUUGGAUGCGGUGCAGUAGGUUUGUUUGCAAUUGCAUGUGCAAAAGCUCUUGGGGCAACACGAGUGAUUGCAGCUGAUAUUGUUCCCAAUCGUUUGAUUCGAGCCAGUAAAAUGGGCGCCGAUGUUGUGAUCAAUUCAAAAGAUGUGAAAGAUUUCAAAGACAAGAUUAUGGAGUUAACGGAUGGAAAUGGAAUCGAUCGCAUUUGUGAAGCAAGUGGAUCUGCGUCAUUGCUGAAUAGAUGCUUUUCAUAUCUUAGAAAGGGCGGCAAAGUAGUUUUAAUUGGACUCGUAAAGGAGCCAUUUCAUGUUGAAAACCCUAUACAAGACAUUGUCUUCAAAUCUUUAACCAUAAACACGGUGCACGGAAGAAGAAUAUUCCAUACGUGGGAAGAGUGCGAGAAACUAAUCGUUGAGAAAAAGGUCGAUCCAUCUAUAGUGAUUUCUCAUGAUAUUCCGAUGUCGAAAUUCCGUGAUGCCUUCAAUGCUUUGUUUUCUCAAGAUGCUUGUAAAAUUGUAUUAGAUCCACAGAAUUGAUCUUGCCAAUUUUCAAAACGACGCAGUUUUAACCUCCUAUAUAUAUAAAAUAUUAAUUUUUCAGGCAUUGGCAAUUAAACAGAUUAUGAUAUUUUUUGAUAAUAAAUUAAUUCCUUAAUAUAAGAAAAAUUGUUGACCUCAUGAUAAUGUGGUCUCACUGGUCUGUACGAACAAGCAGCAGAGAACCAUCUCGCAACAGCACCAUGGCUUAACUAAAAUGACGUAACAAUAAAAAAUAAAAUAAAACACAGUUGUCGCAAAUAACUUGUUCGUUUAAAUCAGUAUAGUUAAUUAUUAGUUCAGUCACUGCACUUCAGUCGUACGUUACAUGUGUCCGCAGUUUCAAAUUUUGUCAGAAAUAAAAAUGCGUUUAAUUUAGUUGACAUUGUUGAAUUUCUGUUUGUGCAUGAUUGUAUUA